AUGGCGUUUAAACGGUCGACAUCCAAGAGCGACAGCUCAAUGGCCGACGAUGAGGCGUCGUUUCACGCUUUCAACAAUCCUAGGAAACUACCGGCGUGGCUGGAUCAUUUCAACGCGAAAGAUCUCAAGAUUUUGUUCAAAUGCUCGUUGGCUGUCUGGAUAUUUACCUUGUUCAUCUUUAUCAGCGAUACUUUGCGCGUGCUUGGACAAGCGACAUUCUUUGGAUGUGUCGUUCUCUUCAUUAUGCCGCCUUCGGGCGUCGUCUUCAUCCAUGUCCUGGCAGGACUAAUGAUCUGCGUCGGUAUGGCAUUUGGUUGGGCUUGGGGAACCAUCACCAUGAAAGCAGCCUUGGCGACAAGACCCCAGGCUGAUCUACAGCAGCGAUAUAUCGAGCUACUGCAAUCAGCGCCGCAAAACACGACUAAUGUUGGCCAAGCUUCUGGUCAGACCACCUAUCAGCAGAUCGCCAUCUAUCAGGGAUUUAUGCUUGAUACGCGUGUAUCAGUCACGUAUUUUUGCAUGAUAGGAUUGUUUGUCUAUUUGAUGGCUCGUCUGCGCGUAUCUGCGCCAAAUCUGAUGCUUGUAUCGCUCUUUGCGAUGAUCGUGUCAGACAUCUACCUGACUAUUGCUCCGCUCAUCCCUACUUUUCAAGGCACAAUCCCCAAAGUUCUCAUCCUACCAAGUGCCAUCGGAGUCGGCAUCGGCGCAGUCUGCAACCUAUUGAUCUUUCCACAGUCGACAUCGCAGAUCACUCUCGCGAGCAUGACCGACCUACUUCGCCCAAUGAAUGGUUAUAUCAAGGCUUUGACCUGGCACUUCAAGUCUCGAUCAAGGUUCGAACCACAGCGUCUUCAGGAACUCAAGAGCGGUUUGGCGGUGACGCACAAGAGCAUCGAGUCUGCCAUCAAGUGGAUUCCAAUGGACUUUACGCGUCGGAAAUGGAGUCCUGAUGACAUCAAGUCUUUCCAAGAGCCUCUCCGUCAAGUGCUGGUGUCGUUUGGGGAAUUGUUACAGUUGUCCAUCUCUCGCGAAGAGCUCUAUGCAAAAGACGAAGCUCUUACGAAAGCAGCCGAAGAGCUCGAGAAAUCCGAUAAGAAAAAGCAUCCUCUCGCAUACCAUAUCGCCAAGGCAGCUGAUUUCCGCGAACUAACGAGACAUCCUGAUACAGAAGAUAUGCUCAUCAAGGCCAUCGACUCGCUAUCUUCCUGUGCCACACCCUUACUACAGGCUCUAGAGCAAAGCAUCGAUGCUAUCGUUCAGGCACUAUCAGCAAAGUCGAAGGAUGAUUUUGUGGCUCAGCAUGAACAGGUUCUCACAUCUCUCCAGGAAGCUCUCGACGACUUUGAGGAUUCAGCUGCGGAACAUCUCUUCGCGCCUCACGCCCAUCUCUUUGAUGCAGAUGGCAAGAUUAUCUACGAAGACGAUCGGGCACCGCCGCUGUUUGGUCUGAUGUCCGGUCUGCUAUACCACGAACGACUGAUCAACCUAACCAAGAGCGUCGGCGUUGUGCUCGAUAGGGCCGUGGAAAUGGAAAAGACCCGAGCGACAAAACGCAUGUGGUUCCCAAAAGGACUGCAGAAGCUCUUCUCGCUUGGACUUUCGAACGAUGCACCGCCUUCCACCAUCCCUGGCACCACAGACCUCACGCGUACGAUGUCCACUGUCUCAAGGCCUGAGAAGAAGAAGGGAUUGUUCAAGAAAAAGGCAAAAGGCAAUGUCGAGUCGGAAGAGGAAACGGAGAAGACAGCAGCUUCCAUCUUGGAGAAUAUGCACCAAGUAACGAGCCGACAGCGCAAGAAACCAAGUCUGAUCUUCUUGGGAUUGGUCAACUUCUUCACUGGCAUCGAGGGUCUACACGCUUUGCGAACCCUUGCAUUGACCAUUGCUCUGGCUGUCCCUGCCGUAAUACCCUCAUCAGCAGGUUUCUACUACCGGGAGAAGGGCCUUUGGGCAUUGAUCAUGGCGCAGAUGGCACUUGAACCGUACAUGUCCGAUUUCAACUCUGGUAUCAUCAUUCGCACUUUGGGUACUGUUGCGGGAGGUGUGCUUGGGUUAGUCUGCUGGUACAUCGGAGCUGGCAAUGGCCCGGGUAAUCCAUACGGUCUUGCUGCUAUCAUGGCAGUUGCCAUUGUCGGUAUGAUGUGGUGGAGGCUGUUCGCUCCUCCGCAGCAUCUGGCAGCCGGCAUCAUGCUUACAUCCACCAUGUACAUGGUUGUAUCUUAUAGUUGGGUCGACACACAUAUUCCCAGUUACGGCAAUCCCGGCGUGGGAUACUCCGUGUUCUGGCGAAGGCUACUGCUUGUGCUGAUCGGAUUCGGAGCAGCUGUUCUUGUCGCCCUUCUCCCCCGACCUCUCUCCGGAAACCGUCACUACCGUCAGAUCAUGUCAAGCCAACUGUCGAGCGUUAAAGAUCGAUAUGCCCUUCUUGUAACGGUCUGGCGCGCACCCCCAAAGGAUUUCGUUGAAGUCAUGGAGAAAGAAGCUACCACUUCAGAAGAAGUGUUCAACUCAAUCGCCCUUCCUAUUCAGAAGACAAAGUUCGAGUUCUCGACAUCGAACCUAGAUACCGAAACUCUCAGCAUAGCGAACCACCUCUGUACUAAUCUCAACGUCUUCCUCACACAAUUCAGCUUGACCCUGAUGAAACUGCCUCUUCCCGUUCGAGAGAAGUUCAUGCAGCGAAUCACCCCAGGCGACGAGAACAUUGUCGCAGAUCUCAUGUCGACCUUGACUCUACUCCAGCACUCUUUGAUCUCUGGGGAGCCACUUCCGGCAAUCCUGCCAACGCCGUUGGUGGGUAGGGCGAUGCAAUUCAGAAAGCUCAAGGGCGAGAUGCAAGAUGACGACAAUCCUAGAGCGUACUUAGCUAGCCCACAGGGGAGGCAUUGGUCGGCUGCUGUCUAUGCGUUCGUGCGGUUCUUGGGUACGCUUGAUGAUCUUGUAGUUGUUGUGAAGAAGGCGGUUGGAGAGAGUUCACAUAUUAAUGCGGAGGCUUUGGGCGGAAGUAUGUACUAG